AUGUCAGGUGUGUCAGGUGUGUCAGUCGUGUUAGGUGUGUCGUGUCAGGUGUGUCAGGUGUGUCAGGAGUGUCGUAUCAGGUGUGUCGUGUCAGGUGUGUCGUGCCAGGAGUGUCGUGUCAGGUGUGUCGUGUCAGGUGUAUCGUGCCAGGUGUGUCAAGUGUGUCAGGAGUGUCGUAUCAGGUGUGUCGUGUCAGAUGUGUCGUGCCAAGAGUGUCGUGUCAGGUGUGUCGUGUCAGGUGUAUCGUGCCAGGUGUGUCAAGUGUGUCAGGAGUGUCGUAUCAGGUGUGUCGUGUCAGGUGUGUCGUGCCAGGAGUGUCGUGUCAGGUGUGUCGUGUCAGGUGUAUCGUGCCAGGUGUGUCAAGUGUGUCAGGAGUGUCGUAUCAGGUGUGUCGUGUCAGGUGUGUCGUGUCAGGAGUGUCGUGUCAGAUGUGUCGUGUCAGGUGUGUCGUGCCAGGUGUGUCAGGUGUGUCAGGUGUGUUGUGUCAGGAGUGUCGUGUCAGAUGUGUCGUGUCAGGUGUGUCGUGUCAGGUGUGUCAGGUGCACUUAA